AUGCAGUCAGCGGAACAAAGGUAUCCGAAGAUAGAACAACUAGCCCUAACGCUUGUGACAACAAAAAGAAGACUCAGACAUUAUUUCCAGAGCCACACAGUCAUAGUGCGGACAAACCAACCAUUAAGGCAAAUAUUGACAAAACUGGAGCUGGCAGAAUGUCUGACCAAGUGGUCUAUCGAGCUUUCAGAAUUUGAUAUUCAAUUCCAACCAAGAUCGGGAUUGAAGGCCCAGGUCCUCGCAGACUUCGUCUCAGAACUAACCUCGGACGGAAACAACAAACCUUGGGAAUUACACGUCGAUGGGGCAUCAAACCGAGAAGGAAGCGGGGCUGGGAUAAUCCUGAAAGAAGGGGACAGCGUGGUGGUCGAGCAGUCCCUUCAGUUUCACUUCACAGCAAGCAACAAUCAAGCCGAAUAUGAGACCCUCAUAGCAGGACUUAAGCUCGCCCUCAGUCUCCAAGUACAAAGCCUAACAACAUAUUGCGACUCCCUCCUGGUGGUUCAACAAAUCCGAGGAGAGUUUCAGGUAAAAGAUCCCUCGUUAGAGCGAUAUUGGCUCAUGGCAAGGGAUCUAAUUUCAAAGUUCAGUUCAUUCAUUAUCUUACAUGUGCAUAGAAAAAAGAAUGUUAGGGCAGACAUAUUAUCCAAACUCGCCGCCACUAGGGCAGACACACAAACGUCGGCAUUAUCACAACUCACACUUGAAAAACCUAGCGUUGAACCAUUAUCUGUCACAAACAUUAACCACCUCCAUGACUGGAGAAGACCUUUCCUUGAGUACAUCAAUGCAGGUAUCAUACCCAGAGAUGAGAUCAACCCACAACACUUCAAACGAAAGGCAAGUCUCUACACAAACAUAGCAGGAGAACUAUAUAGGCGUGGUUUCUCACAACCAUUACUAAGAUGUCUGAAUGAAGAGGAGGCAAAAGAAGUGAUGGACGAAGUCCAUCAGGGCGUAUGUGGAAACCACAUCGGAGGACAAGCUCUCGCCGCAAAGAUCGUCCGAACAGGAUACUACUGGUCGACCAUGAAAAGGGAUUGCAUAACGAUAGUCAAAACAUGCGAUAAAUGCCAAAAACAUGCCGCCAUCUCCACAAAGCCAGCCGAAGUAUUACAUAGCAUGGAGGUAAGCUGGCCUUUUCACCGAUGGGGACUCGACAUCCUCGGUCCAUUCCCAAUAGCACCAGGCCAGGUAAAAUUUCUCCUAGUAUCAAUUGACUAUUUCUCUAAAUGGAUAGAAGCACAGCCAUUGGCGAGAAUAACGGCCGAAAAGGCACAAUCUUUCAUUUGGAAAAAUAUCAUAUGUCGAUUCAGAAUACCAAGAGAAAUAAUAACAGAUAAUGGUAGACAAUUCACAGAUAAUAAGCUCGGUUCAUUCCUGAAUAACUUUAAUAUACAGCACUAUUUUAGCUCGGUCGAACACCCACAAACAAAUGGGCAAGCCGAGGCCGCUAACCGAGUUAUACUGUAG